GAGAGCGAUCUUAAGGCCAGACCAGGCCUCAUUCCCUCAUAUUGCCUCUGACAUAUCUUUCCAACCGGAAAUUCCCGCCACUCCCAAGAAGCUUCCACCGCACGGUCGUUGCCUACAGAUGCCACUUCUUCCACUACACCAUUCAACUGAUAUGGCACCCCGCCAGUAAAAAUGGAAGCUGCCAGAAGAUUGCUCAAACGCAGGGAGCCUCUCUCCGAUCUCACCAACACCGACUCUCGCGCCCUCCCUUCUUCCCUCUCGUCUUCCUCCACCACCUCUGUCGUCGAGCCCUCCAAACCCCUCCCGCCUUCUCCCUUCAAUAACCCUGCUGUCAGCCAGCGCAAGUUCGGUUCCCGCACCCGUUCCUCCAAUAAUUCCACGAAUCGCCGUGAUGCUUCUUCAAACCCUAGCCAUCUUUCUCCUGCUGUUUCUACGCAUUCUCGGCUGCUAAAUUCCUCCUUGCUUCCUGGCAGCCAUGAUCGUGAUGUUUUGGAGCCUAUCUCAGUAGUCUACAGUCGAAGACAUACAUCAGAAAAAGGGAAAGGGAAAGAGAAGGCAGUGGCUGUUCCUUUCAGUAGUACACCCGUGCCAAAGGUCUCUGCCAAUAGGGAGCAAAAUCUUGAGAUUGAAAGUGUGAAUCUGCAUAAAGCCAAGGCAUUAACAGCUCCUUGUAGAAAGAAGCGGUGCACUGUGACUUCUAAACAAGAUGUGUUCCAGCAUGCCAUGUCGCAAGAUUUUAUUGAAAAACAGCAAGCUUACUUUAAAGAAAUUGAUAGCUUUGAACUGCCAGUGGAGGAGGUUGAAUCUAUUGAUGAGCUUGAUUAGGUGAAAGAGAUGUAAUAUAAAUGAAGGCAGUUUGAAUGCUUAGUUUGGUUGUAUAGUUCUGUUACUGUAGUUUGCAGAAUGAUGUGACCGCCAGUUCUCUAAUCAAAUGUAGAAUUGAAAGUUGGACAUGAUUCUUGUAAUAGUCUACUUGUAAAAUCUGUGUUGAAAUUAAGAAAUUUUAACAAACACUUGCUGCAGUUAA